GCUUCAGGUUAGGGUAAUGGAUAGUACAGGAUCUAUUUCCCUAUUGCUUUGGGACCGCGAAGCCAUGUUUCUCAUAGGCAAAUCGGCAAAAGAAUUGAAGGAAGGAUUUCUUGAGAAUACUGGAGGUGUUGAUACGUUUCCGUAUCCAGUAGAGCUUAACAAUGUUCUCUAAAGAAAACUCAUGUUUAAGGUUAUUGUCAAGAGCGAGAACAUUCAACUGCAAAAGGAAGUUUAUAGUGUUGUUAAGCUUACUGAUGAGGAGCAAUUGAUAAAGAAAUAUAUGCCUGAUACACCUUCAAAUGACUUAACUGAACCUGACUUCAAUAAUAAUCAAAUCUUUGAUGCAGAGAAGGAACGCGAGGAUUCUACUGAAGAGAAUGAGUUAAUCGAUAUUGCAAAUACACCUGCCAAGAUAAGUUUAACUAAUGUCGCGACAGUGGUUGAAGAAGGUCCGAAUACACAGCUGUCAGAAAAUAAAAUCAAAAGACCAUUUAAGAAGAAGAAAACAACAUAAGGUGUUUACAAAUGUAACCCUUGGAGAAAGCGACAACUGUCUGAUUAGUCUUAUUAGUAGUUGUAUUAGUUAUGAACAAUGUAUUUUAAUCAGGAUGGCACGUUUAUGCUGUUUAACUUUUCUGUUUUAGUUAGUUUGCAAAUUUUU